UAUGUGUGUGAUUUUACACAACUCGACAAAUAUCUUGACAGUAUUGGCGUCUAAUUAUUACUUUAUUAUUUUUUUAACUCUUAAUAUUUUACUUACAUUUAAAAAUUUUCUAUAAUAAUUAUUAGUGAAUCAAACAAAUAAUUCACGAUGUCUAGUGAAAGUGUGAAAACGUUUGCUAGUCUUGAAACUCCUGGAUAUGUUGGCUUUGCUAAUUUGCCGAAUCAAGUUCAUAGAAAAUCUGUAAAAAAAGGAUUUGAAUUUACAUUGAUGGUUGUUGGAGAAUCUGGGCUAGGAAAGUCGACUUUGGUCAAUAGCCUCUUUUUAACUGAUUUAUAUCCUGAGCGAACUAUACCGGAUGCUGUUGAAAAAACUAAUCAAACAGUCAAGUUGGAUGCUUCUACGGUUGAAAUCGAAGAGCGAGGGGUAAAACUUAGAUUAACAGUGGUUGACACGCCCGGAUAUGGAGAUGCAAUUGACAACACAGAUAGUUUUAGAGCAAUUAUUCAAUACAUUGAUGAUCAAUUUGAACGAUUUCUUCGAGAUGAAAGUGGAUUAAAUCGAAGGAACAUUGUUGACAAUAGAAUACAUUGUUGCUUUUAUUUUAUUUCGCCAUUUGGUCAUGGAUUGAAACCUUUGGAUAUUGAAUUUAUGAAGCAGCUUCAUAAUAAAGUCAACAUUGUACCAGUAAUUGCCAAAGCUGACGUGCUGACAAAAAAAGAAGUUUUACGUUUAAAGAAACGUGUAAUGGAAGAAAUAGAGAGUAAUGAAAUAAAAAUUUAUCCCUUGCCUGAUUGUGAUAGCGAUGAAGAUGAAGAUUAUAAAGAACAAGUCCGACAACUGAAAGAAGCAGUGCCAUUUGCAGUAUGUGGAGCAUCUACAUUGCUUGAAGUUAAAGGACGAAAAGUCCGUGGACGAUUGUAUCCUUGGGGCGUCGUUGAAGUUGAAAAUCCUGAUCACUGUGACUUUAUCAAACUUCGGACAAUGCUUAUUACUCAUAUGCAAGAUUUACAAGAGGUUACUCAAGAAGUACACUACGAAAAUUAUCGAAGUGAGAGAUUGGCCAAAGGAGCUCCUGUACCGCCUCGAAGAACAACAGCCGUUGAUCCUGAAAAAAUUGUCGGAUCAGAAAAAGAUCGUAUUCUUCAAGAGAAAGAAGCAGAAUUACGAAGAAUGCAAGAAAUGUUAGCUCAAAUGCAAGCACAAAUGCAACAGCAACAGCCAUAAUAUUCAUUAACAUACGAAACACUCAAUCGGUUUGUUUCAGUCAGGUGCCACAACCAUAUUUUUAAGUUAACAUUAAUAUUUAGGCACAAUUAUAACGGUAUUAUUACUUGUUAUACAUUUUUAAUUUUGCGAAUGAGGACAAUGAAAUAAUUUUAUGAUGAGUCAUCAAUAAGCGAUGAGAAUACAAUAAAACAUAUUUUACAGUA